AUGUCUCAGACUCGAGUCUUAUUGACUGGGGCAACUGGUUACAUCGGAGGAUCCGUUCUCGCAACACUGAAAAAGAGUGAGCACGAGAACAUUCAGAAUGCUCAAAUUGAUGUCUUGAUUCGUGGCGAGGGACGACGUGCCUUAUUCGACCCCUUUGGUGUCCAAGUCAUCCCAUUCCAAAGCCUGGAUGAGACAGACUUUAUCAGAAAGCUGUCAAGUGACUACAAUGUCAUCAUCAACACCGCAUCGGCAUUCCAUACCGAGUCAGCCAAAGCAAUGAUCGAAGGACUGAGCGACAGACAAUCCAAAACAGGCCAAAAGACUCAUUUCAUCCAUACAUCCGGAACAUCCAGCAUCGGCGACUAUCCCAUCAGCCCAACCUACAUCGAACCUAACGAACUCCAAGACGACUCGAAUAUCUACGAAUACCAAUCGUCUCGCGAAGCCCACUCAACCUACAAACAACGAACAACCGAUCUCGCAGUCUUCAAUACAGGCCUCGAAACAAACAUCAAAACAACCAUAAUCAUGGCUCCAACAAUCUUCGGCAAAGGCACAGGUCCAGCAAACAACCUUUCAAUCCAAAUCCCAGCUCUAAUCCGCCGAUCUCUGGAAUACAAACAGGCAGUGGUUAUCAACGAUGGCGCAGGCGAAUGGGAUCAUAUCCACAUCUCCGAUCUAACCUCGCUCUUUGAGAUUGUCUUGUUCAAGGUCCGCACUGGAGAGCAUGUCCCCGAUGGGAAGGAAGGAUUGCUAUUUGCCGAAACAGGCCGGCAUACUUGGCUUGACAUUUCCAAGGAUAUUGCAUCGGUUGGAAAGGAAUUGAAAGUCCUUGACAGUGAAGGUGUUCACAAUGUAUCCCUGGAUGAAGCGACAGCCUGGUCUGUGAAUGGGAAUGUGCAGGUGAGAGAGUUGGGAUUUGCUUCCAAUGCUCGAUCAAAAGCUAUUCGUGGUAGAGCAUUGGGGUGGACGCCGCUAAGGGAAGGGGAGUGGAAGAAUGCCGUUGAGGAGGACUUCCGCGCCAUUUUGAAAGAAGAGAACGAAAGGUAA